UCUUUUCCUGAAGUGAAACGCUCCUGAAGCUCUGCAGCUCUGAUGAUAAUAAAUGCUUCUAUAAAGAUGAUUCAGUGGAGCGUGAUCAGUCCUGUUUCUGCUGAAAUGAAACCGAUGUUCUCAGAGUAGUCGGGAGUUUCUGAAAAACAUCAUCUUUCUUUGCUCGUGGAAACCCGUGUGACCUGUUUGGAUGAGUGAGCAUCAGACGUGUCACAGAGGCGCCGAAAACAGAAAUGAAAAGGGAAUGAGGAACUGAGCGGACGAGAAACCUCAGCACCUGCUUCAGCAUGACUGCGUCUUCACGGUUGCUCUCCGCUCACGAGCUGUCCUCUCCGUAUCAGAGCUUACGGGACAGCGGUGUGUCCGGCCGCGGGGGUCAGGAGCGGAAGUGUCCCGUCUGGGCUCCGCUGGCCGCUGCAGCUCUGCUGGUUUUGGGGGUUUUGUUGGCCUUGGCCGUCAUCGAGAGGCUGAAGUACGAGGAUCGAAUCAACGAGGCUCUGGAUCCUCGUCCCGCUCCAGGGUGCUGCGAGCAGACCGGCCCCGUCCAGCAGAGCAGUGUGGUUCUGGUGGAGAGUUUUCCUCUGGCCGUGGAUUACGGGACGAACGUGAGCUCCGGAGCGGAUCUGUACGGAGUCUGGAAGGAUCUUCUGUCUCUGGCCUCGGAUCGGGUCGAGGUGGCGUCCUUCUACUGGUGUCUGACCGGAGAAGACAUCGGCGUGAACUCGUCCAGCGACUCACGGCCUGACUGUGAUCCUCAGGGCAGGGAGAUCUUAGAAGAGCUCAAGGCCUUACCGUCCAGAAACGUGUCCGUGCGAGUCGUCACCAGCAUCCCGACAUUAGCUCCCAAUUCAACUGACCUCCGAACCCUCCGAGACCACGGAGUACAGAUACGGCGAGUGAACUUCGGCCGCUUGACGAAAGGAAUCCUUCACAGCAAGUUCUGGAUCGUAGACGGAAAACACGUUUACAUCGGCAGCGCUAACAUGGACUGGAGAGCUUUAACACAGGUGAAGGAGCUCGGGGUGGUCAUCUAUAACUCCAGCGCUCUGGCUGCUGACCUGAGGAAGAUCUUCCGCUCAUACUGGGUCAUGGGUCACUCCAACGCCUCCGUGCCGCAUCCCUGGCCCUCCGACUACAACACCAACAUCAACCAGGAGCACCCGCUGAUCAUAGACCUGAACGGAGUGAAGAGCAGGGCUUACAUCACAGCGUCUCCGCCGCUCUUCUGCCCGGACUCUCGCACACGGGACCUGGACGCCAUCCUGUCGCUCAUCACAGGAGCUCAGCGCUUCAUUCACGUGGCGGUCAUGGAGUUCUACCCCGCGUCCAAGUUCUUCCACCAUCACGGAUACUGGCCCGUGAUUGAAGACGCUCUGAAGCGCUCAGCCGUUGACCGAGGUGUGUGUGUCCGGCUGCUGGUCAGCUGCGGGCGGGAGUCAGACCCGGCCGUCUGGCCCUUCAUUCGCUCGCUAGAUGCUCUUCAUUCACCGGCGGACAACAUCAGCGUCACAGUGAAAGUGUUUGUUAUCCCGGCGGGGAACCGGUCGCACAUCCCUUAUUCCAGAAUCAACCACAACAAAUACAUGGUGACGGAUGAAGUGGCCUACGUGGGCACGUCUAACUGGUCGGCGGACUACUUCGACACCACGGCCGGCGUGGGUUUGGUUCUUUCCCAGGAUGCUUUGGGCGGCUCGCUCCAUCAGCAGCUGAGGGCCGUGUUCGACAGAGACUGGAGCUCGAGAUACUCUCACCGGCUCGCCGAUCUCCAGCGAGUCCACGACUGCUCUUUCCCCGCUUCUGCACCGUAACCAAAUAUUCAUAGAAAUACCAGCAUCACGUGAUUUAAAGGAGCCUCUAAAGAAGGGGACCUUUCUAUUACUGAAGCUUUUUAGUGGCACAUAUGAUUUGAUGAAUAAUAUCUUGUAUUAUACAGUUUAAUAACUCAUCAGUUGGAUUGAACGUAGUAAUCGAAUACAUGUAGUCAGACUUUUAGCUUGAAUAUAUAUCAUAUUUUUUUCUUAAAAUGUUUUUUCACACUGUCUUUUGUCAUUAUUACUUUUUUCUAUCAUUGUUUUCCUGUAAAAUAAAAAAUUUAAUAAAAA